GGUAGCGUCAUCCUCGCUAAUAGGCCAUUUUCUUAUAUCAACAAUAAAUUAUGAAAUUAUAUUACUUGGAUAGUUUUCAUCACGGAAAAUGCAAAUAUAAAGUUAUUUUCCCAUGAAAACCUAAGGUUAAUUUUAUUUUUCAAAAUUAAAAUUGAGGUUUCAUUAUCUGUAUGUCACGUGAUUGAAAACGCCGACCGCCAUGAUGUGACGUCAAUUUCACUAAAGCUCGUCGUCCGUCACUCGUUUUACAAACAACAAACUACUUACCUACCAGCGCUCAUAGAAAUUUAAUAUUUUUAUUGAGUUUAAUGUGUUUUGAAGCUUAAAUUUAAAAGAUUUAAUAUUUUAAUACGUUAGUUUUACUUAAUUAAAAUGGACGUCGGUUUUGUAAAAGCCGAAAGUACUAAUCUCCCGAAAAUAGAUGCGGUAAUGAUUGCAAAGUUCUUUGCGUGUAAUACCGACUUUUUUUCUGCCGAAUGCAGAAAUAUCAAAACAGCUAUGUCAGCCAGAGAAACGUAUGGCGAUGAUGCUGUUGGGUAUGUGCAGCUGAAAAGAGAUCAGCAGACAUGCGUUGUCAAAUGCAAAAUGUGUCCUGAACACAAAGUGCGUUCCAAGCCAUACUCUUGCACACUUACUGUUGAUGAACAGGAAGAAGAAAUUAAAAGUGUAGUAUGCCAUGACUGUCCAGCAUCUGAAGGUGGUUGUAAGCAUGCUGUUGCUUUUUUAAUGUGGUGUCAUCGUCGGAGUGAAGAGCCACCUUGCACUGCUAUUGAGUGCUAUUGGAGGAAAUCUACUUUAUCUAAAGUUGGAUCUUCUCUAAAAAUAUUACUUGCUAAGGACAUAUUGAAGAAAAGAAAAGGAAGUAGUACUCAAACCCCAGAAGUAGCACCACAUAAAAGUGUCGCAGAAAUCUUUGUGACUGAAUGUAAAAAAAGAAAAAUAAGCUCAUGCCAGCUGCUCAAACAUGAGAUUAACUAUGCUGAAAAAAAAAUUAAUAUGCUUUCUUUACAUUAUUUGAUGUGCAAAUUUAAUGAAAGACUGGAUUGUAAUUCAUUUUUAAAUAAUAUCAGUAGUGUAUUUAAUGAUAUUAACUUAAGAAAUGCUGAAAAAGAGACAAGGCACCAGCAUCAAACAAGCUUUUGGUAUGAGCUACGUUAUGGAAGAGUUACAGCAUCAAAAUGCUACGAAGUGAGCAAAUGCAAAACUGUGGAUGGCUCCUUAGUAGCGGCUAUUCUUGGAGCAAGGACUCCACUAACUUCAGCAAUGAAAAGAGGGCAAAAAUUAGAAGAAAAAGUAAGGAAAACAGUAGAAAAAAAAUUGGGCCAUAAGAUUGAAAAAUGUGGUCUUUCUAUUUCAGAAACAUAUCCUAUGAUUGCAGGCUCACCUGAUGGCAUCUAUAAAAAAAGUACUUUGGUAGAAAUAAAGUGCCCAACAAGUGUAAAAACUUUAACAAAUUAUAUUAAGGAUGGUGCUGUGACCAAAAAAUAUAUGGCACAAGUGCAAAUGCAAAUGUUCUGUGCAAAAGCAGAAAAAAGUUUUUUUUUGUGUUGCGAGUAGUGAUUUUGAGACUUCCAAUGA